AUGGCAGCAGCAGCAGCGGCGGCGGGCAGGGCGCAUUUUCGGUCAGGCGGCAGCGGCAGCGGCGGGAGCAGCAGCGGCCGCCGCGGCUUGAGCCAUGAGUCGCGCAGGCUCCUGGUCGCUCCCUGCGGCUCGCCCAACAGCAUGGGAUAUGGACUUGCCAGGAGCAACAGCAGCAUCACCAGGGGCAGCAAUGGCAGCGGCAGCUCGGCAGCGGCAGCUCAGCAGCAGCAACAGCAACAGCAGCAGGAGCGGCACCAAUGGCAGCUCAGCAGUGAGGUGUUGUCACUGCGGCACUGGCUAGACCAUGCAGUCGAGGCGGAAGACUACGACCUGGCCGCACGUAUCCGCGACGCUCUGCAGCAGAAGCAAAGUGACGCUCGGCUGGCUGUGGAGGACGCCAACAAGCGUUUCUACGACGCGUUCGCAUCUGGGCGCAUAGAGGAGAUGAGCAAGGUGUGGGGCAAGGGCGACUACGUGCAGACCAUCCACCCGGGGGCUGGCGUCAUCUCCGGGCGCGAGCAGGUGAUGGAGAGCUGGCGCUCCAUCCUGCGGGGCGUGCGGCCGCGCGCCUUCCGCAUCACCGUGGAGGACGUGCGGGUCUUCGCCAGCGACAGCAGCGGAUUUGUGACGUGCACCGAGGUGGUGGACGCGGACGAUAGUGAGGGCAGGACCAUCGCCACCAACGUAUUUGAAAAGCAGAACGGGAAAUGGGUCAUCACGCACCACCAUGGGUCUCCCCUGAUGCGCUUCAGGUAG